AGAGAGAGAGAGAGAGAGAGAGAGCGAGAGAGAAGGAGCUGUGCACUCUCUUCCCGGCAGAGUGCAUCCCGCUCCACUCACACUCGCAUCGGGGUCACUCCACUUUGAGGCAGAGGACUGGUUUCCACUCCCGCACCUCCCGUGUAACGCACAUGAGCAGUCUGAAGGACGCCAGCAGACAUUUCCUACCUGUGCACCUCCAGCGUGCGUCGCACAAACUCUCCUUCGUCUAAUUGUUUCCUCCGCGGUUUCCUACCCGGUGAUUGUGGAUUACGGAGAAAAACAAGCAGUAACUCCAGAAAUCAUGGAUUUAUUGAUAAAGUUGAUGUUGUUGUGCAGCUGCAGCUUCGGGGCAAGUGCAGACUUUGAUGGCAGGUGGCCACGGCAGAUGGCCUCGUCCAACGGCCUGUGUCGAUACGGGGCCAGGGUGGACUGCUGCUGGGGAUGGACACGCCGUUCCUGGGGUCACUGCCAGCCUCUCUUCGCCUUAACUCACAGAGUAGCCGGGAUAAGGUGCCAGCCCCAAGCUGUGUGCCAGCCUGGCUGUAAACAUGGAGACUGCGUGGGACCCAAUAAGUGCAAGUGCCACCCUGGCUUCACUGGCAAGACCUGCAAUCAAGACCUGAAUGAGUGCGGGCUGAAGCCAAGGCCCUGUAAACACAGGUGCAUGAACACAUAUGGGAGUUACAAGUGCUACUGCCUCAACGGCUACAUGCUGAUGCCUGACGGGACCUGUGGAAAUGCUCGCACUUGUGGCAUGGCCAACUGCCAGUACGGCUGCGAGGUGCUGAAAGGACAGGUCCGAUGUCAGUGUCCGUCGCCGGGCUUACAGCUGGCUCCGGAUGGAAGAACCUGUGUUGAUGUGGAUGAGUGUACAGCAGGCAUAGCAGUGUGUCCCCGGUUCAGGAAAUGCAUAAACACCUUUGGUAGCUACAUCUGCAAGUGCCAUGAAGGCUUUGACCUGCAAUACAUCAAUGGGAAAUACCAAUGCAUAGAUGUGGAUGAGUGUUCUUUAGGUCAGAGCCACUGUAGCAACUUUGCCUCCUGCUACAACACGCCGGGCUCGUACAAGUGCAAAUGCAAAGAUGGCUACAGGGGGAUGGGCCACGAUUGCAAAUCCAUUCCUAAGGUGGUUAUUGACCCUCCGAGACCGGGCAAACUGCCUCCAAAUCAUCACAACCACAUCCCCGACAUGGAUCAGAAAAGAACCACCACUACCCUCCGCCCACCAGUGACUCAAAGGAGAAUCUUCCCCAUUAUCCCCAAAUCAACAACUGCCACAACGACUACGACAACGACUACGACAACCACAACGACGACCAAAGCCCCUCUGCCACCAAAGAGGGUCACCCCACCUCCACGCAAGCCAGCAGUUUCCACCCGAAAGCCCUUUAUCCCAACCAGGAAGCCACCUGCCCCUACACGCAAGCCCUACAUCCCACCAAGGCCAGUGGCUCCCACACGACGCCCGCUGUCGCCACGACCAGUGACACCUGUAGACAACACCAUCCAGAAGGAGGUCACCAAACAGAGGGGAGAUGUCCACAUCCCUCGGAACCACGGCCAUAACACCGUCCUUGGUGUUGACUUUGACAUUGAGCUCGGCAACACGGCAGAUGAAACCAAGGACGAUCCAGAGUCGGGGUACCUGAGCUGCUCCUUUGAUGAUGGUCUUUGUGGUUGGAUCCGGGACAGAGAUGGAGACCUGCAUUGGGAGACAACGCCUGAUCCGUCAGGUGGAAGGUACCUCACCAUUCCUGAGGUAGGCAAUAAGAGGACUGGACGAGGGGCACGGCUGGUCCUCCCACUCACCCCUCCCUGGAACAAUGGCAAUCUGUGCCUGUCGUUCCGGCACAAGCUGGCAGGCCACCACGUGGGUAUGCUGCAAGUGUUUGUGAAGAAGGGAAAGCAGUACAGUCCAGCAGUCUGGGGCCGGACAGGUGGAAAUGGCUGGAGGCACACCCAAAUCACACUAUGGGGCACAGGCCUGGAAAGUGUGAUCCUGAAGGGGGAGCGUGGGCGAGGCAGGAGCGGCGAGAUGGCUGUGGACGACAUAACCCUGAGGAAAGGCUCCUGCACAGAGGAGCACAAUCUGAGGAGACUCUGACUGACAGAACAGAAAAAGGCAGAAAGAAAACAAGAGGGAAAAUCAUCUCAAAGAGAACUGACUCUGUUUUGACAUCGACCUCACUCUGCCUGGCCUCUCGCUGAUUGCCCCCGUCACCCCUCCCAGCCAUUCUGUGAACGAUCUCCAAAAAGUUGUGUGUCUACAGAACAGUGAGUUUCUCCUUUUGACUGCCCAUGAAUAAAAAGACUCAAUUGAAAUGUCAUGUGCGCAUUCCAGCACCACACCCCUCUUCUCAGACACCCUCUCACUCCAUAACCUUGUUACCAUAAAACCUGCAUGAACCAACCUACCAUGGAAGUGUCCUCCACCUAACAGCCCUGGCAGCCUUCCAGCCACACCGCUGAGAGGCCCACGUUCACUUCAAUUCUUCCCGUUGAGAGGAACGUUCCCUCACAUAGCAGUCUGCUUUUGCCUUGCUUUGAUCCCACAAGCCAUUGCUUUUUAUUUGCUGGUAUAAAUUUCUUUGGGGUUUGGAGAUACAUUAAAAAAAAAAUAAAAUAACAUUAUGUAAAAGCCAAAUUGUAAAUGUCAUCAUUUCUUUCUCGACCCAAAGUAAAACAUCGAGAGGGUCAAUUAGCCUUGCCUUUAUUGAUCUUUUUUUUUGUCACAGUAUUAAAAAGAUCUGUUUGGUAGAAGAGGUUUAAAAUGUAGCACCUUUUCUACCCUGAUCUUUUAUAUAAGCCUCCUAAAGUUGUUCUAUGGUCAUUGUUUUUUACUCAAAAUGUCAAACAGAAUCGGUGUAUGAUUUUUGACACUAGCAAAUCAACACUUAGUUUCUAUUAAACAGUAUGUGCUUUGUUAUAUUAAGUGCAGUUUGUUAUAACGAUGAUACCAACACAUUUUAAGGCUUUCAAAAUGUUAUUAUUGUAAAUGUAAUUGUGUGUACAUACUCUGAAAAUCUACAAUCCCAUUUGUUGUGUGGUUUAUACGUUAUGUAAAUUCAUACAUUGAUAUUAAUUGGAUUUCAAAAUGGUUGGUAUUUCAACUUUCACUUAAAGAACAUGUAUACAGAUGGAAACCUUGUGUAGUGCCAGGCUGUGUAUGUCAAUGUCAAUGUGUUAUGAUAAAAGGCUCUGUCUGUAACUUGCAAAGCACAUAGUUGCAUAUCGUAUGCUGUGAUAAUGAAGGGCAUCGGCUGGAAUUUUAAGGUUUUCUGUAUGCAUGGGUGCAUCCACCAAAUUUAUCCAGACCAGUAUGUAAAUAAAA